AAUUAAGUAAAUUAUUGUAAUUACUUGUAGCUCAAUAAACGAAAGUAAAGAUUUCUCUACUUGGAGUAGUAUACCAUCUGAUAUCAACAAUUUUGACAAUCAUGAAACAGUAAAACCUAUAGAAAAUUGCAAUUCGUCAUCGAUGUUGGGAAAACUUAAUCCUAUAACUCCAAGUUAUGUUUUAGCUGCACCCAAUUGCAACAAAGUUGAUAUAACAAACCAGGAUUUACUUGAUACAUCAUCCGAAAACUGGAGACAAAGUUGUUUCAGUAAAACAAGCAUAUCAAACAUUUCUCAAAAAAAUAAGACCGAGUUAGAAGCUAUAACAAUCAAGCCGAUUCAUGCUUUAUCUAAGAGUCAAUCAUUUGAAGGUUAUAAAUUCAGACUAUGUGAAUUAGAAAAAUUAAGUACAUCUUUGCCCAAUUUAAUGCAAGAUAAAGAUAAUAAAUUCGCUGACUAUACUGAUAAUAUUGCAAGAAAAGAUACUUUGUUUUCCGAAUUCGAAAUGAGAGAAAAUAAAGUUGAAAGCAACUCUUUCGAAUUGGCAGUUGAAAAAGUGAAGAAGCUAAUUGAAAGCCAACGCGAUAAUAUUGUUAAUCUUCAACAACAAGAGUCAGAAACGAGGAAUGAAAUUAGCAGAAACGAGGCGAUAGGAUAUAGUGUUAUCAAUAGUCUUAACAAACAUGAAACUUUAAAAGUUGAAGAAUUUUUAAAAUCGAUUAACAAUUUUUUGAAUAAGGUUAUAUUUCUCACGCAAAGAGUUAAUCGUUAUGAAAUUGAACUUCAUGAACUCGAGGAAGAUAGAAGUUUUAAAAAAAACGCAAUUAUCAGAAAAAUACUAAUGUUAGAAAACGAAAUAGAAGAAUGGUACAGAAGUUUACGUAAAAUAGGGUAUAGACGCGGUAAUCACAUUCACCUAAUACUCAAAAAACAUCUUAAAGAAAAUGACAUUAAAACAUUUGAAAACUACCUUGGUACAAAAUCUGAUCUUGCAUGGAAAUUAGCGGAAAUACGUGAAAAUAUUGAAGUUGAAAAAGAUUGUUACACAUCACUUCAGCAACUCGCACUAAAUUGGAACUUUCAAACUUAAUCUUUAAAACAAUCAAUCAUCGCAUAAAAUGAGUAUUAAUAUUUAUGAAGCCUUUUUAUUUUUAUAUAUUUCAUAGUGUAAUUAUUUAACUUUUAUUAUAAAACUUUA